AUCGUUCCGAAGAAUACUUAAAAAUGCUUCCUAUAAUGCCAAAACCGUUCUGAUCAUCUUUCCAGGACCGCGUACAGAGACAAUGUAGUGGAGGCAGAAGGGAGGACUCCACCGGUGGAGAGAUCUGGGGAUGCUUGGACACGGUUAUGGGUGAUUAAUGCCAUCCUGUAGAGGUAAAACAACACUGGAUAUGCACAGAAAAAGUAGGAAUAAGUGAGUUUCGGGGCGCACAGGAUGGACACUGCGGAGGUAAUCCUCUCUGUGUUGGUGGUUGUCAUUAUUAUAGUGUCGUUGCUGUCCAACGUCCUGGUGCUGAUCUGCUUUCUGUACAACCCGGAGAUCCGCAAGCAGGUCCCAGGUCUGUUCAACCUCAACCUCACCUUCUGUAACUUGUUGCUCACUGUGUCCAACAUGCCGCUCACUUUGGUGGGACUUGUCAGUCAGGCUCAGCCCGGGGGAGAUGGAUUCUGCCAGACAGUGGGCUUCCUGGAAACCUUCUUAUCCACAAACUCGAUGCUGAGCAUGGCAGCUCUGAGCAUCGACAGGUGGAUCGCGGUGGUCUUCCCCCUGAGGUAUCACUCCAAAAUGCGCCAUAAAGACGCUGCGUUUGUGCUUGGAUACACGUGGGUGCACUCGGUGUCCUUCUCCACGGUGGCCGCGUGCCUCUCCUGGGUGGGAUACCACCGGCUUUACGCGUCCUGCACCCUGGCCAACCCGAGGGCGAGCAGCCGGACGCAGUUCGUUAUCUUCACCGUGUUUUUCCACUCCUUUACCUUCCUCCUGUCUUUUAUAGUUUUGUGUUUCACAUACCUCAAAGUGCUGAAAGUGGCGAGGUUUCACUGCAAGAGGAUAGACGUUAUUACCAUGCAAACUUUGGUGCUGCUGGUGGAUAUACACCCGAGUGUUCGACAGCGUUGCCUGGAGGAGCAGAAAAGGCGACGACAAAGAGCCACAAGGAAGAUCAGCACCUUCAUCGGCACCUUCAUGCUCUGCUUUGCUCCAUAUGUGAUUACAAGCCGGAGUUGGAAGAUGAGAUUGGCUGACCUUGUGAUAAGUAAUAUGCCUCUGCUGUUGUUGCUGCAGCACCAGCACUUUUCUCCUCAAGUUCGUCCGGUGCAUCAGUUUGUCAGGAUCGUGGAGUUAUUCCCAGCGGUGCCUAUCAACCCCCACUGGGGAAUUGUCUCCAAGUGCUUAACUUACAGCAAGGCAGCCUGUGACCCUUUUGUGUAUUCCCUGCUGCGACACCAGUACAAGAAGACAUGCACUGACAUCAUCAACAGGCUGCUGAAGCGGAGCUCCUUGAACGCGUCUGGCCGCAGACAAGAAAAUCAAGGCAACAGCAUACCGACAGCAGAGUGACAAGGAGCAGGGGAUGAUGGGAUACAGCCUGAGGGUUGACCUGGGCAUGGUCAGUGAAAUAUGAAGCUGAUUUAUCGCAGAUGAAGAAGAGAACAAAUAUUGUUUGUUCCUGACCACGUCUGCUUGAAUUUUGUCUGACAUGCCCGAAAAAACAGAAAGCCACUACAGACAAGGGCAAACCCCUGCACAGUAAUACCACUGUGCUUGCAUACUGAGCACCCAGAACAGCAGAUCAGUGCAGUGAACUUAUUGUGAGGACAAUAAGCAAUGGCAGGUUUUACUUCCACCUGGAGAGACAGACGAGCUUACCCAAGGAGAACGGCCAGUUCCAGGAAUCAUUAUUCUAACUACAGUAGCUUUUAUUCUAAAGUUAGAUAUGUUGCUUUUGCAGAAUAUCUCUUUGUUUUGAUGUUACUGUAGUACAUAUUCUCACGUUAUCUUAAAACAGAAGGAGUUAGAAUAGCUGUAUGUUUUUUAUGUCUGUGCAAAUGACAAGUUGGUAUUGUAUGUAGCACUGAAAUCUAGCCUAACCAAAACUUGAUACAAAACCAGAAAAAAUGGAGUGAUACACACUCUGAGUCAAACAACAUUUCGGUACUUUUAUUUUUGUAGUAGAUAUAGUGGAGUUUAACAGCCAAUGAAGGGAAAAAAAGCAAGAUUACAGGGCUUUUUUGUGUGUUACAUUUGCGUGAAUAUACCGCCAUUAUUUGUGCUUUCAGCUCCAAUUUUGAAGGACUCUUUAGUGACCCAGCAAAGGGUAUUAAUGGGUAAAAUUGGCCUUCAAACCGGCUGCCUUUGCUGUCAUGACUGACUGUGUGCCCCUCAGGUUGUUUAUUCAAGUGGAGCGUGAUUGACUGUACUUUCCCCUCUGUACUCACAGAGAGGAGUCAGUAGAGUAUGCUUCAUGCUUUCACACACAUCUGAACGAGAUGGACAGUAAUGGAACAUGGUACAUGAUGUCUUUGUUUUCCGUUGCUUGGCAGAGAGAUCAUAUGAAAACAGAUGUUAUCAUGUGAUAUUAAACAGCAAUGGUGACCAUCCAUGCAAAGAUACAAACAAUCCUCAGAACAAAGCAGCUCUGGUAGCAGAAAUAAUCCUUUUUAUAAUGUUAGAUGUAAUGAUGAAAAAACCUUAAAGGCAUCGCCUAAUUUUUGUUAACCUGUUACAAUUAGUGAAUAUGCUCAUAUUUAUGUAACAUUUGAAGACAACUACUUUGAUUUGAGCCUCUGAAACAGGCUAGCGUUGCUAAAAAAUUUGAGGGUUAGCUAUCUAGCCAAAGUAUUUUUUUCCAUAUAUGUCAUUAUAUUGUGAUAUUUAAGAAACCAAUGUAAAGAUAUAUUAUGAUAAAGUGAAUUGUCCCCCUGUUUCGAUAGGGUCUACCUCCAGUGGUGCUUCUUAUCUCUUCUAAUUAACAAAGCAGUAUUGAAUUGAACAGUUUUCAGUGAAACUUUUUUGAAAAGCCUUUACAAAACAAAGGCUACACAUUUUAAUCAAUUUUAAGUGAGGUUACAGAUUUGAAUCUUCAUUCCAUGACC